CGAGGAGUGCGUUUGAUUGUUGCAGGGCUCAAUGGCGGACGGAGCUGGGUAGUCGUUUAGCAGCGAGGACAAUAACAGCAGCAGUUUUCUCUCCGGUGGCGGCCGCCGCGCGCUCCCCGCCGCGUCAGUUACGUGCGCCGUGUCCGCACGCGCACACGGACCUCGGCUCGUGCGCUUCGUUUCUACAGUUUAAAGUUGAGCGGCUCAUGGUGGCUCAGUGAGCGGCUAACGCGAGCCAUGGGGGACUCUCUGGAACUCAUCGGAAAGCGCCUGCUCCUGCACCUGGGAGACGGACGGUCCACGGGCGGGUCCGAGCCGAAGCCGCUGACCCAGGAGCGGGACUGGCUCCGGGGCACGGUCCGGGCGGUCAGCGUCAUGGGUCUGGGAGCUCCGAGCGGCGGAGAGGAGACAACAGCCCCCGCUGCAGGGCUCACGGUGUUUGUGGAGUUUGAGAACGCCACACAGCGCUGGUCAUGGGUGCAGGUCUAUGGAGAGGGGGUGAAGGCUGUGCUGCUGGAGGACACCGUUGUUUGGGCGUCGUAUCGAAACGGGACCGGAGCCGCAGGGUCCACGGCCGCCGUGUGGCCGGCUCUCGUUUUUCGCUCCCUGGUGGACAGAGUGGGGUUAGGGUCACUGGUUCCUGUCAUGUAUUUUGCACAUAACAGUUUGGACUUCCUCCCUGAUAAAAACUCCAUUCAGAGGUUUGAUAUGGAGAAGGAUCUCAGACACCCUCUGUUGUUGGAGAACCCUUCGCUCCAUGCUGCCGUUUCCAGCUGGUGCACUGACUUUCAGCUUCAGGAGAUCUUUAGGAAGGGGUCGUACACCAUCCAAGGACGCAGAGUGCGUGUGUACCAGCCCGAGUUUGAGGAGUGUUGGGCUCUGGGGAUGGUCUCACAGCAUGACCCCGUGUCUCACAUUAUGGAGAUCACUUUAGACAAGGGAAAAGAACCGCAGACUGUGGAUCCCCGUGUUAUACAUGUGAUGUUGGUGGGAGACGAGAUCGCCAAAAAUGGGCGUAAAUGCAGUGAAACAUUGAAGGGUGAUUCUGGACGCAGACGGAGGACCGCUUCAGAAACCGAGGACGACUUGAACCUGAAGCGUUUUAAAGGAGCCGAGGGGCGGAGCAGUGUCCACCAGGAGGGGCUGGGUAUGUGGGACUCUGGAGUCAGCAGCACUACUAAAAAUGGAGCCUCCAUUGAUGGAAAUGUACCCAAAGUAGUGUCCUCUCAUCUCACGUUUCCAGGACAUAUUAAAGAAAAUGGACGUCUGCUCGUAUCACACGGUGGAGCGGACUCCACUCCAAUCCCCCCUCCCCUCAAACCGGCUCCCUCCCUCUUCUCCACCACCUCGUUUCCCUCUCUGGGGCAGAUGCCGAGCCUGGUCCCUGGAGGUCCACCUCCUAAGCCCGCCUCAGCACAGCCGGACCGAGAGGAGGGGGCUCAGUCUGCGUUCACUAAAACAGCUCCUGUGGCGUCCCCGGGGCCCGCCUCCAUCUCCUGGUGCACACAGGACAGCAGCCCGAGCGUCACACACUCUGCUUCUGCCACUUUCACUAAAGCUGCCUCCUGGGCAACAGCCACUGAGAAUUCAAAGGCUCUGGGUUUUCGAGUUCCACAACAGUCGUCAGGUGUGUUUGGAGACAGUAAUUCUCAGCUGAAUGGAGCUGCUUCCUUUGGUUUUGGGUUUGGAUCUACAAAAAAUGGGACUCAACCGGAUCAGAAUCUGUUUAUGCAGUGUAUGAACUCCGGCUCGGCCUCCAGUCUGAUGUCAGGUCCACCUAAGGACACCAACUACUUCACAGCAGUCUCUGAGAGCCUUAACAAGGACCCGCUGACCCUGUUCAAACCAGGGAACGAUGGACUGAAGAAGCAAGAGCAAACUAAAGUGCCUGAGACCCAUUCAGCAGGGAACUGGGUGCUCAACACUGCUGUCGCCUUCCCCACUGCUCCUGCCCUGGGCAAGAACGCUGCUCCUUCUGCAGCUCAAGCCCCUUCUAAGAGAAAUGCCAAUAAUGGAUCUGUAGGUGGCGCUGUGCCACAGACUAAUGCUACAGAGAACCACCAGAACCUUUUUCUACAGGGCACAAAUGAGUCCACAAACCCUUUUCUGACCUCAUCCUCCCACACGGCGUUUGCUGAUCUUUCUGGUACUAACACUCAGACUUCUUCAGACGGCAAACCGAACCUCUUCACUAUGACUGGACCCCCUAAAGCCAUCGUCACAUCCCAAUUUCCCGCGAGUUCACCCAGCACGCCGUCCACUUCAGCCCCCGCCCCGUCUCAGAGACCUCACAGCGAGAGCAGUGUCUCUAAGGAGCCGCCGCAGGACACGCCCCUCCCGUCGUCCUCUUCAACCGACCCGGAGCCCGACGGCUCCGGCCCCAGCACCAUGACGGAGGAGCCCGUGUCUUUUGACCAGCCGCAGAAGUUUGAGGAAAGAGGCCAGUCGUCCAAACGAGACUCCGAGUCCAGCGACAACAGCGACCUGUCUGACCUGAGUGAGAACGAGGAGGGUCCAGAGAAGGGCCAGGGGCCGGAGAAGCUGCAGGAGGCCGACGGCGUGCAGCAGAAGAGCAAAGCGGCAGCGAAAAGCCGCCCACGCAACAAGUCCAUCAAAGUGGGCCAGUCCGUGCUCAAAGACCAGAGCAAAGUGCGUCGUCUUAAACAGUCGGGAGAGUCCUUCCUUCAGGAUGGGUCCUGUAUCAACGUGGCUCCUCAUCUGCACAAAUGCCGCGAAUGUCGUCUGGAAAGAUACAGGAAAUAUCGCAGUGGAGACGAGGACAGCGACGAGGAGGACGACCCCAAUGUGGCCUGUCGCUUUUUUCAUUUUAGACGACUGGCAUUCACUCGUAAAGGUAUUCUCAGAGUGGAGGGUUUCCUCAGCCCUCAGCAGAGUGACGCUAUGGCUAUGGGCCUGUGGCUGCCCAGCCCGGCCGUCCAGGAGGGUCUGGACCUGGACACAUCCAAGUACAUUUUGGCCAAUGUUGGAGACCAGUUUUGUCAGUUAGUCAUGUCUGAGAAGGAGGCGGUGAUGAUGGUGGAACCUCAUCAAAAAGUGGCCUGGAAACGAGCCGUGAGAGGAGUCAGAGAGAUGUGUGACGUUUGUGAGACAACUUUGUUCAACAUCCACUGGGUUUGUCGAAAGUGCGGCUUUGGCGUCUGUCUGGACUGUUACCGACUACGCAAAAGCAAGCCUCAAGAAGAUAUAGAAGAAAGUCUAGAAGACGAGGUAUUUUCUUGGUUAAAAUGUGCCAAAGGCCAGCCUCAUGAGCCGCAGAACCUCAUGCCCACACAGAUCAUUCCCGGCGCAGCUCUGUACAACAUCGGGGAUAUGGUUCAUUCUGCGAGAGGCAAGUGGGGUAUUAAGGCCAACUGUCCUUGUACCAGUCGACACACAAAGUCUAUAGUGCGCCCCGGCGCCCCCAACGGCAUUUCACAGUCUGCAGUACACAGCGGCAGCACUGGAGCCGCUGCUCCAAAAGCAGAAGUGGAAGUAUCAGCCUCUAAACCAGAGGCAGAGCCAGGCUCCUCAGAGAGCUCCUCUGCAGAGACUGUGAGCAGCACUAACUCCACCAUCAGCACCAUCAGCACCUCCACACCUCCUGUACACACCCAGGCCUCCUCUAAAGACCCCCGCCCAGCAGAGGGCAGCAGCUCCGCUCUGCACUGGCUAGCAGACCUGGCAGCACAAAAGUCCAAGGAUGACUCCAAGGAUUCUGGUUCCCUGCGCUCCAUGAUGUCUCGGGAAAGCCGUCCUCCUUUUGGUCUGGACUCGCUCAGCGCUCUGUCAAAGCCUUCUGCGUCUAGCCCAAAGCUGUUCAACAGUCUGCUGCUCGGCUCCAGUGCGUCACAGGCCAAACCUGAGGGCUCCAGUCUGAGGGACCUGCUCAACUCUGGCCCCGGGAAACUGCAGCAGGGGCCGGGGGACAGUGGAGUGCCCUUCCCCUCCGUCUUUACCUCAGCAGGGAGUGAAAAAAUGAAGAGUAGCUUGCCAAACUUCCUGGACCACAUUAUUGCCUCAGUCGUAGAGACGAAGAAGGCCGAAGGGCGGCGCGGUGGCGGUGCCGACGGGGGAGAGAUGAGUAUUUUAGGAGGACGUAAGGACGGAGUGAUCGGACUGAGUGUUCUGGAGCCUCACACCUCACACACCUGGCUUUGUGACGGCCGCCUGCUGUGCUUACAAGACCCUGGGAACAGCAACAACUGGAAGAUCUUCAGAGAAUGCUGGAAACAGGGUCAACCUGUGUUGGUAUCUGGAAUACACAAACGUCUGAAAUCGGAGCUGUGGAGACCGGAGGCCUUCAGUGAGGAGUUUGGAGACCAGGAUGUCGACCUGGUCAACUGUAGAAACUGUGCGAUAAUCUCAGACGUGAAGGUUCGCGACUUCUGGGACGGCUUCCAAGUCCUGAGCAAGCGUCUGCAGGACAAUGAGGGCAAUCCAAUGGUGCUGAAGUUAAAGGACUGGCCUCCAGGAGAGGACUUCAGAGACAUGAUGCCAACGCGAUUCGAUGACCUGAUGGAUAACCUGCCUUUACCUGAAUACACAAAGAGAGACGGGCGUCUGAACCUGGCGGCCCGUCUGCCCAACUUCUUCGUCCGCCCUGACCUCGGGCCCAAAAUGUACAACGCCUAUGGCUUGACGGCUACAGAGGACAGGAAAGUGGGCACCACUAACCUCCAUCUGGACGUGUCCGAUGCCGUUAAUGUGAUGGUGUAUGUGGGCAUCCCUCAAGGAGACAAGGAGUCAGAGCAAGAGGCUGAUUUGUCUGGACGCCAAGAGGUCAUCGCCACCAUCGAAGAGGGUGAUGUGGACGAGAUGACGAAGAGGAGAGUGUACGAGGGGAAGGACAAACCCGGCGCUCUGUGGCACAUUUAUGCCGCCAAGGACGCAGAGAAGAUCAGAGAGCUGCUCCGCAAGGUGGGCGACGAGCAGGGUCAAGAGAACCCCCCCGACCACGACCCCAUCCACGACCAGAGCUGGUACCUGGACCAGGUGCUGCGCCGCAGGCUCUACGAAGAAUAUGGAGUCCAGGGAUGGGCCAUUGUACAGUUCUUAGGAGACGCCGUGUUCAUCCCAGCAGGGGCCCCUCACCAGGUCCAUAAUUUGUACAGCUGUAUUAAAGUGGCGGAGGACUUUGUGUCUCCUGAACAUGUGAGACACUGUUUCAGACUCACACAGGAGUUCAGACACCUGUCCACCACCCACACGAACCACGAAGACAAACUCCAGGUGAAGAACAUCAUCUACCAUGCAGUGAAGGAUGCUGUGGGGACGUUAAAGGCCCAUGAAUCUAAACUAAAUCGCCCUUAGGUCCUCGGUCCCAGGACGACCGGCCUCGGCUCCGCUCUUACUACACCUCAUACUGACGUACCACAUAUUUACAGGCUAACAGGCUAACAGGCUACAGGACUAGAAUGUAGGUUUUCAGGGGUGGGGCUUAAACACUGGGGUGGAGAAAAAACAGGAGCAUAUUUGUUUUUGGCUCUGGAUGAAGGAAAUCCUUUAUCGACAUUAAAAUAAAUGCUCUUAUCGUCUCGCUGUUUUUUAAUUUGUUUUUGUUAACUCUGUAUUUAAGGUCAGUGUGUUUGUUCUGUUGUUAUUGUGUAAGAUGUGAAGGGAUGUACGAAAACACUGCGACCGGAAACCAGAUAAAGCACGUACUGGACUAACUGAGUUUAUUAGAGACGUAGGUUUAACCCCUUUUGUAGACUUUUGUUUAAAGUGGCUGAGUGUUUCUGCCCACAGUGGCCUAAAUGAAAAUGAGAAACGAAGGGAUUCAGACCAAAGUUUUGUAUUUUGAGUUUUCUUAUUUCACUUUUUAUACGCCUGACAUGAUCACACGAUGAUAUAGGGGGAAACAUUUAUGUAAUGGUUUAAAUCGACCAUUAUUUUCACACGGGCUGAACUAUAUACAGACUUUAAACCGAUUCAAGACACUUUCAGCUGAACAGAACUACUGGCCAUUUACAUUGUAUCAAUAUAUAUAUUGAUCUUAGCAGUCUCUUUGAUUUUUCACAAUAAAGUUUAAAAAAAUGUU